UGCUUCGUCAGUAUGACGUUGGCGAACAAGUCGCCAGCGCUGGAUUAUGGAAAAUUUAUGCAGGAAUAAAAAAGACCACAGGUCAAAAAGUAGCCAUAUUUAUGUUCGAAAAAAAAUUCAUAGAUAACACUUUACGAAAAGGUUAUGAAAGGAAAGAAAAUGAAAAAGUAUACCAAGUUCUAAAGAGAGAGGCUACUCAACUAUCGAGACUUCGACAUCCAUCAGUUCUUGAGGUGGUUGAAGCGGUGGAGGAAUCAAGGACUGUCAUUACAUUUGCUACAGAACCGAUAUUGGCAUCUCUCUCCAAUCUACUCGGUAAUUACGACAAUUUGUCACCAAUUCCGGAAGAUAUUAAAAAUUUUGAAUUAGAUGAAUUGGAGAUUCAAAAAGGGUUGUUACAAGUUGGAAAAGGUUUACAAUUUUGUCACAACGACGCUAAGAUUGUUCAUUCAAACUUAGUUCCGGAGGCAAUAUUUGUAAAUGUUAAGGGAGACUGGAAAAUUGGAGGUUUCGGAUUUAGUAACUUUUUUAAUCCAGACACACCAGUUCCAUAUGAAUACCCCGAUUACGAUGCCCGAAUACCCUGCUAUGCGCAGAAGAACUACGAUUAUAUGGCGCCGGAAUAUGUUCUGGAUGAGAAUUUUGAAGUUGCAAACGAUAUGUUUGCCCUUGGAUGCCUAAUAUAUACUGUGCAUAGUAAAGGAAAACCUCCAAUGGAAAAUCAUAAUAGCAUACAUAAUUAUCGUAAAAACGUGGAGCAAUUGUCAUCAAUAAAGUAUGAUCACCUUCCAUAUCACCUUCAUGAGGUCAUGUUUCAUCUCAUCACUCGUUAUCCUUCGCAAAGGAUGACUGCCUCGGAAUUCCAGACAAGCAAAUAUUUUGAUAACAUAUUAGUUUCAACUGUCAAAUUCUUUGAAAGCUUCCCGGAAAAGUCCAAGGAUGAUAAAGCCAAUUUUAUGAAGGGUUUAAUUAGGAUUUUACCUCAAUUUCCAGAAAGAGUUUUACUGCGCAAGAUAUUGCCAUGCCUUCUUCAGGAGAUCAAGGAUCAUGGUCUAUUGCCAUUUACACUUCCAAAUAUCUUUUUUAUUGCACAAAAGUUGCCCCCUCUUGAUUUCAGUGAAAAAGUUCUUAUCCCUUUGAAGCCUGUCUUUACAGUUCCUGAGCCUAUGCAGAACAUGAUUUUAUGUCUUGAUAAAAUUGAGCUAUUCCAACAGAAAACUUCCUUAUCCGCAUUUAAAGAAGAUGUUAUGCCCUUGAUUUACAACGCUUUGGAAACCAAGACACCUGCAAUACAAGAUAAAGUUCUUAGAGUCAUCCCUACAAUAAUAGACUCUUUAGACCUACUCACAAUUAAAUCCUCUCUGUUUCCAAGGAUACAGAAUCUAUUUGUCCACACAACAAUCUUGUCUAUCAAGGUAACCACCUUGGUUUGUCUAAACUCUUUGGUCAAAUCCUUGGACAAUUUUACGAUGACCGAAAAACUCAUACCUCUAUUAAAAGGAAUCAAGACAAAGGAACCUUCUGUAAUGAUUACCACGCUAUCUGUGUAUGAAGAGAUGGGUAAAAAUGUUGAAAAAGAUAUUAUGGCAACGGAAAUUUUACCUCAGUUAUGGAAAAUGUCCAUAGUACCAACUUUGAAUAUUGAUCAGUUUCAAAAAUUUAUGCAAGUUAUCAAAGUAAUGUCUAUGAAGGUUGAAGAAGAACAUUCCAAACAACUUCAGGAUAUUAAACAAAUCGAUGAAACUGUUAAGAAUAUAGAAGGAGGAAAUG